UGCCUGAGGCAGAUAUUCAAGCUUCAAAUGUAGCUAUCAUGCAUUCUGUUCUGAAGCUGAACCAGGAUGAUGUCAAAAAAGUGGUCCACAAAAACUUUGGCAGAAAGCAGCCAACUGAUUAUUCGAAUUGGUUGAACAGUUUAAAAAAAAAUCUUUUACUAAGCGUAUUCAGGGCAUUCAUCCUUCUACUUAUAUUGCCAAGGAAUAUAAGAAUGAUCUCAAGGGAUUGCAAAAAGCCAUUGAUGAUAUGUAUGUUAAGUAUAAAACGAACAUACUUAUUGGCUAUUGCACCAAAACAGAGACAAUUGCCACAUUCCCUUCUGGCACCAUGCAUAAUUCAGGACACAUCAAUAACAGUUUAUUUAGUGGGCUCAGCGAUUGCCUUAUCAUUCGUCAAAGAGAAACUGAAUGCUGAUCUUUCCUUUAUAUUGUGGAACAAACUUCCGAAUGGCGCACCCUAUACUGCUGUGUCCGGCAGUCUACCUGUAGUCGAGUUUGUUCCAGCAAUGCAACCAGUUUGUCGGUCAGUUCCCCCUCCUGUUCUUCAUAAUCCCGCUGCUUUCUCAAACUUUGUAGAACCUUAUCGAAAAGGUUCGAGAGACAAGCUUAAAAGAGAAGUUCGAGGAAGGAUGUUGGGCUUGUACAGAGAACAAACUGGUGGAGCACAAGCUGAUCAUGUGCCAUAUAAACAGUUGUUUACAGAAAAGCAUCCUACACAUAAAAUUGUGGGAUGGCCGCGCGAUGUUCGUACCACCGUGCCGUCUUCCAAUUGGAAUUUAUCAGAAGUAAGAUCAAUUGAAGCUUCUCUUAAAUUCCAUAAAAUAAACUUUACUCGUAAAUGAUGUUAAAAAAGAA